AUGAAACCCAAAAACUCUUCGAUUUCCAACGACCGCGAGCCCUGCAAGACGACCGCCGCCUCCUCCGCGCAUGCAAGGCCAAACCGGAAGUCCACCGCUUCCUCUGCCAUGGUGAUGAAACCUAAUGGGAAGUCUGCUGUUUCGUCUGUUAUUCUGAAGAAACCAAACGCCUCUACCGCUGUCUCCUCCGCGCAUGACGUUCAAGUGAUGUUCUUCAGAGAUGUGUCUCUCGGCCCAACAGAAGCGGUCUUGAGGUUUCGACUGGUUCAUUUCUGGGAGGCUCGAAAUCCAAACACAAAAACCCUCAUUGGACAGGAGAUGAUCCUAAUCGAAGAAGAGGGAACGGUUAUUCAAGGUUUUGUUCCAGCGGGGCGGGUUGGGACAUAUGAGCUGGAACCAGGUUCUGUUUAUAAACUGGGGAAUUUUUUCGGCUCGAGAAACAAAGCCUUGUAUCGGGUUACGGAUCAUAGUGCCACCGUUACGUUCGCUUGGAAUACUGAAUUAAAGAUUCUUGAUAACCCUCUGGUUUCAAUUCACGAAGAUAGGUUCAGGUUCCAUAGCUACGAGGAGUUUCAGGCUAACUGUGACCGCAAACUGGUGAAUGGACAGACUAUCACUGAGCAUACGGUCCUCGACGAAGUUGACAUAUCAGAUAAGCGACAUCUAUGUGUUCAUGUUCAGACACAUGACGGACCAGUGAUGAAGCUCUAUCUAUGGGACAAUGCCGCAUCUGACUUCUGCGUGAAAUUCAAAUCUUAUGGAAGCACUCCGAGUGUUCUGUUGGUCACCACAGUAAACCCUAAACAUCUUGGAGGUAAGCAUUUUCUAAACAGCAGGAUUAAGUCACUGCUGAGCUCCAACUCAGAUAUUGCUAAUAAGAUUAAUGCAGAGGUUAUUACUAAGCCUGAGACAGCGACUCUAGAGGAGCUUUUCGCCUACAUCAAGCAGGAAACUGCUAAGGUUGCUUGGUUUGAAUGCACAACAACUAUAGAUGAUGUUGUUCAAGGUUCUCCUUGGUACUAUAUUUCAUGCGGUGGGUGUAAUAGUAAGGCAGUCAAAGGGCCUACUUCACUGAUUUGUAACAACAAGAAAUGUGGGAAAAGUAUUGUUACAGGGGUAGCUCAAUACCUCACGAGGAUUUCGGUUUAUGAUAAGAGUGAACAUGCUGUUUUUGUCGUUCUUGGUGAUGCCGGUAAAGAGUUGCCUGGGAAGCAUGCAUCAAAGUUAGUUGCCAGUUACUUUGAGACCAAAGAGGGUGUAGAAGCUGAUCAAUGCGUGCCGGUGCCGCAAGCUCUCCUUGAUACGAUAGGGCACACUUAUAAAUUCAUUGUGAAAGUCUCAGAUCAUAAUUUGUCAGAGAAGACUCAAACCAUAACUGUCACAAAGAUAUUCCCACCAGAAGCUCCACAACCUAUAGCUCUUGGAAGAACACGCUGUUCCAACAACGUCUGGUGA